UACUUAAGGAAUGGGUAAACUUAAUUUUGUAAACAAUAUCACUUGUGUCAUUUAGGAGUGGAUAAAGAAUAAGCUUACUUUAGAAACUUGAAAUUGUAAGUGAAAACAUAAUUCGCGGGUAGAUAGUGCGCCCAUCAGCACAGUGAAGACAUUUUACAGGCAGUUCACCACAGCCUUUAAGUGGAUGAUCAUAUGCCCUAACAGUCCAGGACCAAGAAGUGCUUUAGCCAACAACAUCCAGGUGGGAAAUGGAGAUCCGAUGCCUUGGGAAUCCAAAUAAAAUUCAUGGCACGUGUAAGUUAUGGAUAGAAGGACGUUGCAAAAAACCACGAGAUGUGUGUGAAUAUCUUCACAGCAAUUUUUGUCCUGAGAAGGAUAAGUGUAAGAGAGAGCACUGCCCUCUGCAUCAUAUCAAUCAGCUAAGCAAAAAAUUAUUCCCUCUUAGAAAGACAGGAAUUGGAAAUGCAAAAAGAAAGAAGUGUAAUCAGCAGAAGGAGGCUGGCCUGAAAACCAAUUCUCCAACAAGCAGUAACAAUGGGGCUUCUAAAAGUCAAUCUGCUUCACCAGACUGGAACCUUAACUCCUUAGCAUUUGAUGACUUUGAUGAGGAAUUGUGUCAAGGGCUGGAAGAAGUUGGGCAGGAACUGGAUCGAUUUGCAGAGGAAGUGUCAGAAGACAGCACCUGUGAGGACGAGAUAUUGUGUCUGACAGAACAGAAAGAAAACUACCCGUCUAAUAUUUCUUUCAAGGGUAAAAAGCCACUGAAGAAUGAAGAAGCUUUUAAACUUGCAUGUGACCAAAACAGGUAAGAUCUGAGUAAAAUUUUA